CUCUGAUCUUGGUCGUUUGGAGAAGAACUUGAUUUGAGAGCGAUGCUGUACUGACAGGUUAGGCCUGAAAAAGCAGUGUCAAAAAUGAACUCUUCUUUCUGGGGGCGAAGAGAAGUUAGCACACCUGAAUUACUCUGCGGCAGGACAGCUGACUACACUGUUAAACAUGAGCAUUUUAUAUUGCUUGUGUGUUCCACGAUUGCCUUGGGAGGAGUUUUGAAGGUCUGCCUAAGGAAUUCUGAAGCCACUGUCUUCCUAAUUCUUUCUCUGUUAGGAUUCAUGAUAGGAAAACUGGCUUACAGUUUUGUUAAGGUGCACCGAAUUGUCUACCCUCUUCUGAGAACACCAAGCUUUUCACUUUAUUGUUAUUUUUCACCUAUAAUUAUAUUCCUGGCUGCUUUGGAUGUGGACUUUCAUGUACUCAAGAAUGUGCUUUGGAAGGUCUUCUUAAUAGGAUUGAUAAGCUUUGUUGUGGCCUUCAGCAUAAUUGGAUAUGUUGUUCUGAAAUUCAAUAAAGAUUCAUGGGAUUUGCCAUCUUGCCUACUCUUCAGCAUGAUCCUUAGCACUACAGAUCCUAUUCAUUCUGUGAAAUCACUGGAAAGUAUUGGCAUUUCCAAAAUGUACACUGACAUGAUAAGAGGAGAAUCAAUGAUAAUUUGUGGCUUCACAUCCAUAUUUUUUGGAUUUUUUCGGAGCACCUCACUCCACAUUUCCACGUUUAGAGAGUUACAUGUAAUCAUGGGCCUCUGCUGGGACAUAUUUGGAAGCAUAAUAUGUGGAUAUUUGUGUGCGAGAAUCAUUCAGCUUGUAUUGACUGACCUCUUUAACGAUACAAUAACUAGUGUCGUUCUUUGCAUUUCAAUGGUGUACCUGACCUUCUACAUUGUGGAAUUUUUGGCAAUGUCAGGAAUGGUUGCGCUAGUCACUGUAGGACUGAAUUUAGAUUCCUUAAGCUUUAAACCGAAGAUGGAGUUAACAAUUACUAAGUUCUUAAUAAUGUUUUCAACUAUAUACCAACAUUUAAUAUACACUUUCUUUGGCAUUGUAAUUGGAUGUGGAAAAAACAGCUAUUUGGGAUUUCACACUAUAGUUUUCAUGUUCAUCUUAUUUGCAGCAGUGAAUUUUGGAAGGUUGCUUACUACUGUGUUAGUGAGCCCUCUUCUAAGGCAGAUAAGUUAUGACUAUAACUGGAGAUGGGGACUUGUUAUAGCAUGGUCUGGAAUUAAAGGAGUUUUUAGUUUACUCUUGGUGCCUGGCAUUCAUAAACUGGCUAAUCACAAAACAGAAUCGCCACAAAUGUUUAUAUUGUAUGUACAGGCAGUAUCACUAAUGACUAUGGGAAUAAAUUCAUACAUGAUGACUUGUUUAGCCAGGACAUUAGGUUUGUGUGCUAUUCCCCUCCCAAGGCAAAUGACUAUGCAAAAUGUCAUUAAGCACAUUCAAGAGAUAUUAAAGAACACAAUAACACUAUUAAAAACAGAAAAAAUUUUGUCAAGUGUUAAUUGGACCUUAGUAGAAGAAAAAACAAAGAUUGAAUACAUCAUUCCUUUUUCCCGUGUUUCACAUGAUGACAAAAAGGAAGAAUCCCCAACAGAAGAAGUUUUAAUAGAAGAAGCCAGAUUGCACGCGGCUAUGAUACAAAUGAGUAGCUUUGAAGAACAGUUUAACAACGGAACCCUCAGUGUAGAGGCCGCCCGGAUAUUAAUCGGUGCAACCAAAAGCUAUUGCCCCAUCCAAGGAAAAUUCAUGAGUAUUAAUGAUGUUUCAACUUAUGCAAGAUCUAGAAGUUGGCUUAUAAAGUUUAAAAACAUGUUAACUUUCUUGGAAUAUCAUAAAGAUAAGGCAUCUAUUAAUCUAUAUGAAAAUAAUAAAUUUCUGCUUUUUGUGUAUCACAUUGUAUUUUCAGAAGAAUAUGAGUAUGCAGGCCAUGUUUUAACAUUCAUAUACAUUUAUCCCAUGAUAGUGCAUAUAUGGCCAAUGGCAAGAGAAUUAAAUGUGUCUGGACUUAUGUCAGUAAACUACUAUUUUGUAUUUUUAUAUAUAGUUCGAUCAGCACUGAAGAUAAUACUUUUAAAAAGGAAAUAUUUUCGUCAAUUUUGGAAUACUUUGGACUUUGUUAUCGUGCUUCAUGGAAUCAUUGAUAUCUUUUGUAUAUACUUUGUCAAACUGAGACCAGAUGAAUUUGCUCUUAUUCAGAUGACACUAAUAAUGGGCUAUUUGAGAAUAAUUAGGUUUAUUCCCCUCACCAAGAUAAUAAUACCAGUACUGGUAAAUAUUGUAGAUGUGCAGAUCAAAAAGCGCCUCCACUUGAUGUAUUGUAUUACAAAAGGCUAUGCCAAAAGUCAAGAGGAUACCAAACUUUUAAUAAAACAAAUUUCAGGCCGAGAAUCAAUAUCUCAGAAAUUAUAUGAAAUUUUGGAAACCAACAAACAAGAUGCCGUCAAAGAACUAAGGCUCAUAGAGCACGAGGGUCGUGAUGUUGUCAUUGCUUUGAAGACUAAGCAGGCCGUCCAGACCGUGUUUAACAAGGCUCUGAAAAAUCUCGCCUUCCUUUUGUCAAGAGGCAUUAUUGAUAAACCUGAGGCCAUUGAGAUAAAUGAGGUACUUCUUGCAAAAAUAAAAGCCCUGGAUAAAUUUCCAAUGGCAAUCCCACCACCAACUCCCGACAAAUACCUUCAUAAUAUUGUUUGGCUGGAAAAUAAAGAUGUUCUCAUUGAGUUCUUCAAGGAAAGAGCCAAACUUGCCCACUUUGACUAUGGAGAUGUCAUUUGUAAAGAAGGUCAAAUGCCAGAAGGAAUCUACUUAAUUAUUUCAGGAAUGGCAAUUUUGCGUGGCUCACCUCCUACCUUUGGAAUAGACAGUAGCUUAAGGUCCGAUAGAGAGUCCAACACCAUGUUAACAGAAUACUGUACCAGUGGUGACAUCAUUGGAGAGCUGAGCUGUCUGCUAAAGCAUAAAAUUGAAUAUACUGCCAUCUGUGAAACUAUUUUACAAGCCUGCUUUAUCUCCAUGGAGGAUUUGUAUGAGGGCUUUGAUGUCUUCUGGCCAUCCUUGGAAUAUAAAAUAUGGCUAAAGCUUGCGCUCAAGAUUGCCUAUCAGUAUUUUGAAUCAAGUCUCAUUGAUGAGGACUUAGAGUUUCAGAAGUGUGUGGGAUUCAAUCUGGCAUAUGUGGAGACUUUAUCAAGCUAUAACAAAUUGGCUGUCGAUAACAUGACCAUGAAAUUCGUUAUUAUUGUGUAUGGCAGUGUGAUUGAUACUAAGACAGAGGUACCAUAUCUAGCACCUUGCAUUUUGCCUAAAACCUGUGAGCAGGUUCGGGGAACUUCAGAUUUAAGCAAGCUGCUGGUUAUCCAAGCAUCCAAGCCUCCCCAAAAUACUAAAGACUCCGAAGCCAUGGCCAAGACUGGUCUUCGAAUGACCCAGAGAACAACUGAUUGGAAGAGAAAAAAUGAGUUGGAAAUUGGACCCAUUUUUAGAAAAUAAUAUUAAUGGUGCUAAUGUGGAGUCAGGUAAAAGACUGCGCUAAUAUCCUGGCUCACAUGCUGAAGGAUUACCUGGCAAGGAGAUUACUUAGAAGUUGCUGGAAUGGCUAACUGCUGUAUUUAUUUUGCAAGCAACUGAACUGCUGGAAAAGCUCCAACUUUAAGCAGUUGCAUUAUACUUGAGAUGUUCAAAAUUCUUCACGAUAAAUAUAUAAUUCAUGGCCUGCCAAAUGAAACCAAAUAGCUAGAGCAAUUUAUGAGAGUACAAGUUAUCAGAAGCCUUGUACUGACCAAAGCAUAUGACUUACAUAAUUUGAUUUGUUGUUAAUGCCUCCCUAACAUUUUCCAGAGAAAAGUUAUUCCCUCCUCCUCCAAUUUAGUGUAUGUUGAAAAAUGGAACUAUGUUCUUUAAUCUUAGUUGCUGAAAGCAUAGUUUAGGAGAAGUUAACAUGUUGUCUUCCAUUGCAUAAUACUGUUUGAUAUCACUUUUUAUUUUCUUUUUAAUAGUCAAAUAAAGUUUAAUUUUAUGGCG